AUGAAGGUUAUUACUCUUGACGAUGUAAUAAAGGGAAUGAAGGAGAAUUCUACACCAAAGUGGAAUGAUGUAGUUGUUUUCAUUCUUCCUGAGUUUGACGUCUCUACCAAUCCUAUAGAAAACCUUGACAUUAUUACUUAUCAGAGACAUUAUCUGAUCAUUAAUCACAUUGGAUCUAUUCGUGCUGAGCAUGAUGACUUUACUAUUCGUUUUGCUUCCGCCAUGAACCAGCUCUUGUUGCUGAAAUCAGCAGAUAGUGCAGAUGCAGAGUGGUGCAAAGAAGUUAAGGGAAGCAUAUAUGAUAUGGUUGUUGAAGGUUUUCAGAUUUUAAGCAGAUGGACUGCACGCAUCUGGGAACAAUGUGCAUGGAAGUUUUCUCGGCCCUGCAAAGAUGUUCCUCUGGAAUUACAGGAGGCAUCAUCAUCUUUUUCUGACUACGAAAAGGUUGUACGAUAUAAUUACAGUUCAGAGGAAAGGAAAGCCCUGGUUGAACUUGUUAGCUAUGUUAAAAGCAUUGGAUCCAUGAUGCAACAAUGUGAUACAUUGGUGGCUGAUGCUUUAUGGGAAAAAAUACAUGCAGAGGUCCAGGAUUUUGUCCAGAAUACAUUGGCUACUAUGUUGAGGACUACCUUUCAGAAGAAGAAGGAUCUCUCUAGGAUUCUUUCUGAUAUGCGGACCCUUUCAGCAGAUUGGAUGGCAAACACAAGCAAGUCUAAAUCUGAGAUGCAUUCUCUGCAGCAUGGAGGGGAAGAAAGCAAAGGAAAUGUAUUUUUCCCUAGGCCUGUUGCACCAACUGCUUCUCAGGUUUCUUUUCUCUCACUUUUAAUUAAUGUUUCUAUUUUUGUGUGUUUUAAUUCUUUGAUGUUAGCUCAGUUUCUAUUAUCAAAAUAAUUGUAAAAACUUAUG